UGCUUCUAACUACUAUCCCCAAUCCCCACUGUUACUCUUCUUCUUCUCUGUCACUGUCUUUUUUCUCUUUCCUUUCGCUUUCCCCUUCUGGAGCUUUCAUAGCUAUGUUUCUCUGCAAUGGAAGUCCUCGCUCGUGAUCACCGACACACCAGCUUCUGCAAUGGCUACGUUCCCUGUUUUGCUCCUAUUCUUCGUUUUGAUCUCUGGAUUCUCCCUUGUUCGUUGUGUUACUGACCCAUCUGAUGUUCAAGCCCUUCAAGUUUUGUAUACUUCACUAAAUAGUCCUUCACAGCUAACCAAUUGGAAAAAUGGAGGUGGAGAUCCAUGUGGAGAGUCAUGGAAAGGGAUUACUUGUGAGGGCUCAGCAGUUGUCACUAUAGAUAUAUCGGAUUUAGGAGUCUCUGGCACUCUUGGAUACUUGCUCUCAGACCUAAUGUCACUCAGAAAACUGGAUGUUAGCGGCAACAACAUCCAUGACACACUUCCAUAUCAAUUGCCACCGAAUCUCACUAGCCUAAAUCUAGCAAGAAACAACCUAAGUGGUAACCUUCCAUACUCCAUAUCUGCUAUGGGUUCUCUUUCGUACAUGAAUGUAAGUGGUAAUUCACUUUCGAUGUCGAUAGGAGAUAUCUUUGCUGAUCAUAAGUCACUUUCAACCUUGGACCUAUCUCACAAUAAUUUCAGUGGCGAUCUUCCGAGUUCCUUAAGUACAGUGUCCAAGCUUUCCGUUCUAUAUCUUCAGAACAAUAAGUUGACAGGUACCAUCGACGUACUCUCGGGUUUGCCUCUGACAACUCUAAAUGUUGCAAACAAUCAAUUCAAUGGAUCCAUACCUAAGGAGCUUAGCUCUAUUGAGACCUUAAUAUAUGAUGGUAAUUCCUUUGAUAAUGCACCUGGCUCUCCUCAGCCAGAAAGACCUGACAAAAAGGGGAAACCUUCUGGUUCUAAGAAACCCAAAAACAGUCCUGACGCUGAAGGGAAGUCUUCUGAAUCUGACAAAGGUUUGUCUGGUGGAGUAGUUACCGGUAUAGUGUUCGGUUCUCUGUUUGUUGCUGGUAUUGUAGCACUUGGUCUUUACUUGUGCCUUCAUAAGAAGAAAAAGAAAGUUGGAGGAAGCACAAGAGCUUCUCAAAGAAGUCUUCCACUUAGUGGGAUACCUGAGGUGCAAGAGCAGAGGGUAAAAAGUGUAGCAUCCGUUGCAGACUUGAAGUCUUCACCUGCAGAGAAAGUAACGGUUGAUCGGGUUAUGAAAAACGAGUCUAUAAGUAGAAUAAGAUCUCCAAUCACUGCUUCACAAUACACUGUUUCCUCUCUGCAAGUAGCAACAAACAGCUUUAGUCAAGAAAACAUCAUUGGUGAAGGCUCUCUAGGCCGUGUCUAUAGAGCAGAGUUUCCCCAUGGAAAGAUAAUGGCGAUCAAGAAGAUUGAUAAUGCAGCACUUUCAUUACAAGAAGAAGAUAGUUUCUUAGAAGCCGUUUCAAACAUGUCGCGCUUGAGGCAUCCAAACAUUGUUCCCUUGGCUGGAUACUGCACUGAGCAUGGUCAACGUCUUCUAGUCUAUGAAUAUGUGGGAAAUGGGAAUCUAGAUGAUAUGCUUCACUUGAAUGAUGAUAGAAGCAUGACCUUGACUUGGAAUGCGCGUGUUAAAGUGGCACUUGGAACGGCCAAGGCUUUAGAGUACUUGCACGAAGUUUGCUUGCCUUCAAUUGUACAUAGGAAUUUCAAGUCGGCGAACAUAUUGCUAGAUGAAGAACUUAAUCCUCACUUAUCAGAUAGUGGCUUAGCUGCUUUAAACCCUAACACUGAGAGACAGGUUUCAACUCAAGUGGUAGGUUCAUUUGGAUACAGCGCUCCCGAGUUUGCAUUGUCGGGAAUAUAUACUGUGAAAAGUGAUGUAUACACUUUUGGAGUAGUCAUGCUUGAGCUCUUAACUGGUCGGAAGCCUCUUGACAGCUCGAGGACGAGAGCAGAGCAAUCACUAGUGAGAUGGGCUACACCGCAGCUUCAUGAUAUAGAUGCUUUGUCUAAAAUGGUUGAUCCUUCUCUUAAUGGCAUGUAUCCAGCUAAGUCAUUGUCUCGUUUUGCGGAUAUCAUUGCUCUUUGUAUUCAGCCGGAACCAGAGUUCAGGCCACCAAUGUCAGAGGUGGUUCAACAGCUAGUGAGAUUGGUUCAAAGGGCAAGCGUUGUCAAAAGAAGAUCAAGUGAUGACACUGGAUUUUCUUACAGGACACCUGAACAUGAACAGAUCGAUAUCUCAUUCUGAUUAAUAAUUAUAAUAAUCCAAAACCACUCCAAGGUCGAGUCUUUUCUGUUCAUUGGAUGAUAAAAAAGUGAUCAGCUCCAAAACUCAAGAGCAAGUGGAGAGUUUUGCUUAAUACAAACGGCUCUGAUCCAAAGGAUGCGACAGAGAGGUAAAGAAUACAUCUUUGUUCAAACCAAAAAGUAUGAAACUUUGUUUGUGUAUUUCUGUGAGGAUAAAAUUAGAGUAUAUAAGAAGAGUCUCUGUACCCUGUUUCGAUCAUCUUUCUUCUUCUUUUUUGUCGAAUAAUCAAUCGAUCUGAGACUUUUGCAUCUAAAUAAGAUUUUGAAUUUAGCCUUGCAA